AUGAAAUUAGGAUAUAAUGAAAUAAUGAUAACAUCAAUGUAUUUCAAUGAUAUUAAUGAUUUUAUUAAUUUAGAAAUGGGUGUUAAAAGAUUUAGAGGAAAUAUAGAACGAUUUCAUUUUAAUCCAAUUCCAUUAGAUGAAUAUUCAAGAAAAUUAUUUACUAAUAUUGAAACAUUUCAUAUUUAUAAUUAUAAUGAUGAAAUAUUUAAUGAUGGAAAAAUAUUUAAACAAGUAAUAUGGUAUCAAGUAGAAUAUUGGAGAUAUUUAUUUGAAAAAAAACAAGGAAAUAUCUAUAAAAAUAUAAAAUAUACAGAAGAAGAUAGAAAGAAAUAUGGAAAUACAAUACCAUCAGAAGUUAAAUCACUUGGAUAUGAAUGUUUUUAUAAUUGUCGUUUAUUAACAACAAUUAAUAUACCAUCAUCAAUAAGUGAAAUAGGAAAUAAAUGUUUUUAUAGAUGUUUAUCGUUCAAAUCAAUUAAUAUACCAUCAUCAAUUAGUAAAUUAGGAGAUUGUUGUUUUAGAUAUUGUACAUCAUUAACAUCAAUUAAUAUUCCAAAAUCAAUUAUUAAAAUAGGAGAUGGUUGUUUUAAAGAAUGUUCAUCAUUAAAAUCAAUUAAUAUUCCAUCAUCUGUUAGUAAAUUAGGAGAUUGUUGUUUUGAUGGAUGUUCAUCAUUAACAUCAAUUAAUAUUCCAACAUCAAUUAUUAAAAUAGGAGAUUAUUGUUUUUAUGAAUGCUCAUCAUUAAAAUCAAUUAAUAUACAAUCAUCAAUUAAUAAAUUAGGAGAUUAUUGUUUUAAAUAUUGUACAUCAUUAAAAUCAAUUAAUAUACCAUCAUCAAUUAAUGAAAUAGGAAAUUAUUGUUUUUCAGAAUGUUCAUCAUUAACAUCAAUUAAUAUACCAUCACCAAUUACUUUAUUUGGACGUGGAUGUUUUUAUAAAUGUGGAUGUAAAGAAGAAUUAAUGAAGAAUAAAAGAAUACCAAGAGAUUGCUUUGAUAAAUAUUGA